UCGGCUGUGCCGCUGUGCGAGUGCGAUCCAUUCACUCUACCUGACUACCCACCACCAAUUCGUCCAAAUUCCCCAACGUCACCUCCCGCGCCAUGCCGCCGCGCGCGGUGCUCCGCCGCCUUCUCCCCACCAACCCUCACCACUCCGCUGCUCGCCACGCUCCGCGUCAGGCGCCUCCUCCGCCUUCAGCGAUCGACGAGGGACCCCUUCCCGACCCGUAUGCGCUCCUCGUUCACGACCCCAUCGACCUGCUCUCAUCCCUGUGGCGCCGCGCGUUCGCGCACCCGCUCCCCUCCCCCUUCCCCAACCUCUCCGGCUAUGCCUCCCGCCUCGAUCUUUGGCUCCUCUCCUACCAGCGUGCCUGCGCCCAUGCCACGGGCACCUUCCCGCCACGCCACGCCGUCCCGCUCCCCACUCUUCAUUCGCUCCUCCGCCUUCGCGCCUCCGCGCUCCGCCGCCACCCCGCCUUCCCCUGGGGCGCAUCCACGCACCUCCUCCUCCGUUCCCCCGCCGACAAGCCCUCCACCGUCCCCAUCUCCCGCCGCAAGCUCGAAGCCCGGUUCGCGGACGCGCCGCCGCCGUUCCAGGACCGCGUCGUCCAGGAGCUCCUCCUCUUCCUCCUUGAACCAGUCCUCGAGCCGCGCUUCUCCCCUAAAUCUCAUGCCUUCCGCCCCGGCCGCGGGCCCCACAGCGCCAUCCGCUCUGUUCGGUCUCGCUUUGCCGCCUACCUCUGGUUCGUCUCCGCCGACCUCACGGCGGUGGUCGACGGGCUCUCGCCGGACACCAUCCUGUCAUGCGUCCAGAAGGCCGUCUCCGACCGUAAGGUGCUGUCGUUACUCAAGUCCGCGCUCACCGCUCCUGUCAGGCCUGGGUCUGUACCGCCAAUGGAGAAGGACCUCGAUGGGCUGACCAAGAAGAGGCUGAAAAGGAAGGUGCUCAGGAAGAGCAGGAAGAAGAAGGUGCUUAACGAGAAUGAGCCUAAGCCUGACCCAUAUUGGUUGAGGAUGUUCUUUGGGUUUGCUCCAGAGCAGGCACGCCACGUGCCAAAUUAUGGACAUUGCGGGAUAAUCAGUCCUUUGCUUGCCAAUGUGUGCCUUAACGAAUUGGAUUGGUGGAUGGAGGAGAAAAUUAACCAGUACUUUUGCCCAUCCAAGCAUGAUUCAAUUUGGAAGGAGGUAGGUGAUGAUGGGUGCCACAAUCCCGCUUGGCCUGAGUUCGUCCCAUCAGCUGGGAAGGAGAAGACAAGAAAAAUGGAUUUCCUUCGAUUUGGUUCCCAUGUCUUAAUUGGGAUCAGGGGGCCGAGGGAGGAUGCAGUUGACAUAAGGAGACAACUGAUGGAGUUUUGUGAGAGAACAUUUGGUUUAAGGCCAGAGAAUUCGAUGGUGGAAAUUGAGCAUAUCACAAGGGGGAUUGAAUUCUUGGAUCAUGUGAUCACGCGCAGGGUCAUCUACCCAACCUUACGAUAUACUGCCAGUGGAGGGAACAUUGUCAGCGAGAAGGGUGUCGGAACACUGUUGUCUGUAACAGCGAGCCUGCAGAGGUGCAUAAGGCAUUUCAGGAAGCUUGAGCUUGUAAAGGGGGACAGGGAUCCUGAGCCAUUGCCGUGCUCACCGAUGCUGUACUCUGGGCAGGCGCACACUAAUUCCCAGAUGAACAAGUUUCUUGAGACAAUGGCUGAUUGGUACAGGUAUGCAGAUAACCGGAAGAAGAUUGUAGGGUUCUGUGCUUAUGUCAUAAGGAGCUCACUAGCAAAGCUCUACGCGGCAAGGUAUAGACUGAAGUCUCGAGCUAAGGUCUACAAGAUUGCUUCACGGGAUCUUAGCCGUCCUUUGAGAGAAAGCACAAGGAAUGAUGCACCAGAAUACUCUGAUCUUUUGAGGAUGGGGCUAGUUGAUGUUAUUGAAGGUGUACAAUUUGCGCGCAUGUCAUCGAUUCCAACGUGCGACUACACACCUUUCCCUAGGAACUGGGUGCCACACCAUGAACUUAUAUUGCUUGAGUAUAUUAAGCUGCAAGAUCCAAAGUUCUUUUGUGAACUUCACAAGACUAUCAAACGUCAGGAAAUAAGUUCACCGCAGGAUGAUGUAUCAAAGAUGGUGUGGUAUUAUAAAGUCCACGGUGUUUAUGAUGACAAAAGAUCCUUAGUUGGCGCCAAGGAAUUGAGAAAUGAUGAAAUUAUCAAUGGGAACAAGCAACUUCUAUUGGAUACAUAGUUCCGAGUCCUAUGUUCCCAAUUGUUUAUAGAACUAUUGAUAUGUGCUAUUUCAAUGGGCAUCAAGAAGAUGUUUCUCCUGUGAUUCAAGGGUAUCCAUGAUCUUUUGACAGAUCGCCCCAGUUCUCGUUAUUUUUAGAAAAUAAUCACGGGUAUCCAUGGACAGCAUAUCAUCUAUUCAGGCACUCAGGAGCCAGGAUUACUCAACUUUUAAUGUUUACACAAGCAUUUCACCUAUUAUCAAGGUAAACUCUUUUGUUGUCGUAAUUCAGGGUUCCAUGCUAACUUUUUAAGUGUUCUGCUCGUAACAGCGGAGCAUUACUGUUUCCCAGUUGUUAGCAGAACUAGAAUACAGAAAUACAGGCAGUAUUAAAGUGCUGACUUGUGAAACUUCCCAGAUGCCACAUGUUUAGCAUUAUGCCAAUUCCCACAUGUUUAGCUUUGUUAAAUAACAGGCGUUUUACUUUGCAUGCUUACUCUAUCAAUGUGUACUUUUUCUUCUCUUGUCCUCCAAAUUGUUGAAAAUUUUGAGGUACUGAAGUAGUAGUAGUAAAUUCCAAGCUUUCAUAUUCAUUAUCAGUUCAAAUAUUAGAUGUAGGGGUGUACCACACUGCAAUCAUGCAAGUUCUGUGUGUACGGGCAUAAACUAGACAUUGAAUUUUCCUGUAAUCCUUUUCUUUUGUUUUUGUUUGGUUUUUCUUUUGUUUGCGUUUGUGUCCCCGUUGUAAAGGUUUUUAUUCUUUUUCUCUCUAAUAUAAAGAUGUGCAGCUCUCAUGUGUGUUAGAGAUAAAAAAA